AUGGCGGUUCUCUCCUUUUUAUCAGUUACGUUUUGUUACAUUGCCUACGCUCUCGCGCUAGGCCAGACUCCAAUUAUUUCAUUCACGGGUGGUACCCUACAGUUGGCCGGAGGGACAUCUACUGCAAACCUCAUUUUGUCAACUGGAGAUUUCAAGGGCGUUCAACGAGCCGGGGCAGAUCUGGCAGGACUGGCAUCAGCGCUCGUUAUGGCGGGGAGUGAUAAAAGAGGCAGCAUCUAUGGGAUAUACGACAUUUCCGAGCAGAUCGGAAUCUCCCCUUGGUAUUGGUUUGCAGACGUUGCCACUUCUCCGCAAGCGAAUAUCUACGCUCUCGACACGGUCAAAACCCAGGGUCCGCCUAGUGUCAAGUAUCGUGGGAUCUUCCUCAACGACGAACAAACUGCUCUCACCAAUUGGGUCAACCAGAAAUACGGUGGUUACAAUUCGAAGUUCUAUGUUAACGUGUUUGAGCUACUUCUUCGAUUGAGAGCAAAUUAUCUCCGGCCAACAAUGUGGGAUAGCAUGUUCAACCUGGAUGAUGCGAAAAAUCCACAGCUGGCGGAUGAGUAUGGUAUCGUUAUGGGGACUAGUCAUACUGAACCUCUUACGCGUGCAACGAAAGAGCAGAGCAGGUAUAUGAGUGGGAAAUGGGACUGGGCAAGCAACAAAAAUAAUGUCAUCAAGUUCUUGACGGAUGGUGCUAAGCGAGCGAAGCCUUACGAAGUCGUCUAUACCAUGGGAAUGAGAGGAAUUGGGGACGAGGCUUCGCCGACAUUGAGUUCUAGUUCACUGGCUGAUGUCAUCAAGUCUCAGCAAUCGAUACUUUCCAGCAACGUCAACGUAAACUUAUCUCAAGUUCCUCAGAUGUGGUGUUUGUACAAAGAAGUUGGAGGAUAUUAUCAGGCUGACUUGAAGGUACCAGAUGAUAUCACUCUUCUUUGGUCUGAUGAUAAUAAUGGUAAUAUGCAACGGUUGCCGAUAGCCAGUGAGGUGAGUCGCCAAGCUGGUGCCGGAGUCUAUUAUCAUUUUGAUUAUGUGGGAGACCCACGAAAUUACAAAUGGAUUAACACGAUUUCCUUGGAAAAAACUUGGGAGCAGAUACAUUUGACAUAUGAGUACAAUGCUAGGCAGAUAUGGAUUGUCAAUGUUGGUGAUCUUAAGCCAUUGGUAGGUCUGCCAAGCACAAUUGGGCUAAAUGCAAUGCUAACUUUUCACCAAAUUCCCAUCGGUCAUUUCUUAGACAUGGCUUACGAUAUGACACAAUAUACUGAACCCAAAAGUAGUCAAAUCUGGUUGUCGAAGUGGGCUACACGAGAAUGGGGAGCAACAGUCUCAGAAGCGACGGCUUCGGUUGUUGAUCGAUAUGGUCAGUAUGCCAACCGACGCAAAUACGAACUCUUGGAUGCAUCCAUCUACAGUAUCGUGAACUAUGAUGAGGGGGAUAUAAUUCUUAAUCAAUGGAAGGUUCUAGCUUCUGACGCUCAAGCUAUUUAUGACAAAUUGAGUAUCGCUGCUCAACCUUCUUUCUUCGAAAUGGUUCUGCAUCCCGUUAAGGCAGGGUACAUUCUCCAUCAACUUUACAUCGCGACAGCCAAGAAUAAUCUAUGGGCUGGGCAAGGGAGAGUAACUGCAGAAACUCAAGGAUCAAUCGCCGUCAGUGCUUAUGCUGCAGAUUCGGCUUUGGCUAGCACUUAUCAUAAUUUGCUCAACGGCAAGUGGAACCACAUGAUGGAUCAAACGCAUAUCGGAUACACGAAUUGGCAAUAA